AUGCCAGAUUUUAAAUAUCUAAAAUCCACUAUAAUACCAAACAACCUACCGAAAUACAGGCUUAGAAGACAAAAAGAGGAAAAGAGAAAUGGUUUCCUUUACUAUCAGAGGAUUUCAAGCAAUGAAUGGUUCUUAACAAUCUUUGUGCCAUGCAUACUUUUGAAGCCUGGUGUAACUAAUGGAUUCCCUCUUCCUCCUGAAGCUUAUGGACUUUAUUUUAUAAAUAUCCUUAUCAAAUGCAUAAAACAGCAUUUAUGCGAGUAUAAUGCGAAUGAGCAUAAUGGGUACAAUGUCAAGGAUAAAAAGGACUGGGUUGGAUGCGUUGUCGUAAUUUUUAAUUAUGACACGCAGCUGAAGAUCGCAAUAUUUGAAGAACAGAUGAAAACUUUUCAUGGAUCUCUUGCAAUCAGUAUACAGGAUGAGGACUGCUGA